AUGUCCGGUCUACAGACGAGAAACGAGGAUAACAUCAAUGGGGUCGACGUUCGGGAGCAGGGAAGCGCUUUGAGGGUAGCAACAAACACUCCUCAUCUGGUGAGCCUCGGUACUGGAAGACUGAGCACAGCUGUCACUCUACAUCCCAUUAAGCAAGGUCGCGUGACAAUAGGUUCUGAUCCGACAUGCGACAUUUACGUCAUGGGGACAGGCGUGGCGAGCGUGCACUGUCGCGUGGAAAACUCUCACGGCGUGGUCACAUUGUAUCCAAUCAGUGGAAGCACGCUACUGGAUGGUCUACCCGUGGAGAAGCCUACGAGACUGUCUCAGGGCAGCAUGCUGACCAUAGGUCGCUCAAACUACCUCAGAUUCAAUCACCCGGCUGAGGCGAAACUGAUGAAAUCCGUCCUGCCUUCGGGACAUAUUUCGAUGCCCCCGAUCCAAUACCAGCCCAACGAGGAAUGUAUCACCACAGGCUAUUGCACCACAGAGCAACGCUACCAGAACGUAUACAAAGACGUCUCGCUGACGCAAUUGGACCAAGAACUAGAUUUAACACUAAAAGAACUAUCGAAGAGAAAGCCCCCUGCAGUUCCCAAGAAGCUAUUCAAGGACCAAGAUGACUCGAAUUCGGAUCAAGAACGCUCCAAACCUUCGAACAUCAAGAGCAAAGUAUCAAAGUUCGAAUACUACGCCAAACAGCAGAAAGUCGGACGCAGCCAGUUCUACACGUCAAACGAGAAUGAGAUCUCGCCAAAAGUGUUCAGCGCCAACUCGUUAACAGUCAACACGCCAGCCAAAGACGUCUUAGGCGACAAAGUGUUGCCAAACUACAUGAAGAAAGACGAGGCGACAGAUAAGACGUACACGAAUGUUGCCAUCAGAAAUAAAAUGAAACUACACGAAACUGUUAAAGGCUUUGAGGACAGUUACAGUGAUGGUUAUGGGAAGAUCAAUGGUGAGGUGGAGUUCAAUGAGAGGUUCGGGAGCGUAGGGAAGGUUGUUUGUUUGUCGUCGCCAGCGUUCGAUAGGAACCCCCAGUAUUCUCCGGUGUACACAAACAAUCACUACGACAGGAGCUUCGAAGCCGAAAACCGGAGAAUUAAGGUUGAAGGAUCCUACGUCUGUCUGGCAUAUGAUCAGUACAAGAACCCAAGACGGCGGCUAACUUUAGCUGAUAUUUUAUUCCUUGAGCUCUUCAGUAGUAACAACGAUGUUAUGUCUUAG